AGUGACGUCUCGGAUGCCAGCGUGUCUUGAGGGCAGCAAUGGCGGACAGCGGCGGCGAUCGUGGCGGUGUCGUAGCUUCCAACGUCGCCCCUGCCGACUCUUCGACAUCCGGCGACGGCCAAGACUCGAAGAAAUCAGACAUGGGAGACCAUCAGCCGCAGGAUCUGAGGGGAGGAGGCAAGCCUGAGCUGAGCGCAUGCAACGACCCCGUACAGGAGCUUCUCAACAUGGCAGCUGGCGCUGUCAACCAGAUGGAGACAACAAACACAAAGCAGUGUCUUGGUGGCGGUGACGAGGCGGAAGCUCGCAAAGAUGCCCACAAGCAUGUUCCUGGCCCUCUUCAAGCAGUGGCUCUGUCGCUGGACGACAUACGAGCGAGCCUGGAGAACAUUGUGCAGCAGCAUUGUUUGGCACAGUCAUCCCACAUGAGGAGCCUACCUGGAGAAUCGCUAAGGCGACUGGACGAUGCUGGCAAGGCCGUGGUCGCCUCGCACUCUCUGGCCGCCUACCUCUCCACGCUGGAAGCCGCUGUGUUGCGCAAGGUGACGGCACGCAUCGUCUCUGACACAGGCCUCUGGGUGUCGCGUCUCUUUAGGUUCUUUGACUCGUCGGUGUUCUUCCACGAGGAGUCGCGGGAGGGGCUGGUGCGCGUGUGCCGCCUUGCCCUGCACGCCAAGUACCCGCGCCUGGCCCAGGGGGAGGGCUACCAGGCGCUGGCCUCGCGACCCCCCGUGCUGUACAUCGGGGCACACACCCGCACCAGCCUCGGACACCACCUCUGUUCGCAGCUGGGACUUCCCAUCUCCUGCCUCAGGAUGAUUCCCCUCACUGGGACACCUGGCUCCCUCUACCAGACGGACCUCGUCGCACUGGAGCAGAGGAUGGACGAGGACGUGGCGCAGGGCCGGGUGCCCACGCUGGUGGUGGUCAGCGCGGGCUCGCCGGCCAUUGGCCUGGUUGAUCCCCUACAGGGACUGCAGGACCUGUGCAAGCGGCACGAGGCAUGGCUGCACGUCGAGGGCCACGCGCUCGCCGCACUCUGCCUUGUCUCGGUACCCAACCUGCCGGCUCGUACUGGAGACAGUGUGUCACUCCCCCUUGGCACCUGGCUAGGCCUACCGAGUGUGCCCUACGUUACUCUGUACAAGACGAGCGAGGCGGCCCUGGCACAUGCGGCCGGCCUGAGUUCAUUCAGCGUGCACAGCAAGCUACAGUGCCUCCCCCUGUGGGUGGGGCUGCAGAGCCUCGGACACCAGGGCCUCCUGCAGCGGGUGCUUCACUGUCUGCGUCUGAGUGAAAUGCUACGGGAGCGGCUGGACCAGAUGCAGGAGAUUGAAGUCGUGGGCAGGCCUCGGGCAGUGUCGAAAGAAGGGCAGGUGCUUUCUCUGGCUGAUGUGGUGACCAAGUCUGUUGGAACUCUGCUGCUGUUUGACGUCGUCGUGCCCGUGGUGACGUUCCGGUACCUGCCGGAAGAGGCCUUGCUGGAGGGGGUGGAGGAGGAGGAAACUCAGGAGGAAGAGUCGACGGAGGUCUCGUCAGAGACCGAGUCGAAGCGUAACACGCCAGACGAGGCCGCCAGGGAGAAGGCGGAGACGGAUGCAGUUCUGGACGACCCGUCCGUGCACGACACCUCGUAUCGCAACAAUCUCAACUCUUGGCUGGCCCAAGUUCUCAACCGCGAUGUUCCCCGUGCAGCGUUGGACCUCCUCGACCUGGAUCCAUACGGGGCCUGUCUGCGCUUCUGUCCACUGGAGAGCGCUCAUGUGUUCGGCACCACGACUCAGGAUGUGGAGGAAUUGCACAACUGUCUCCUCAAACAUCUGGCCAUCCUGAAUGCGACGGUCCGGCAGAAGCGCAAGUUCCGCGAUGCCCUCAGCAAGCAUGCCAACUUGGAGCUGGUCGAAGUGUGCCACUGGGCUGGCCUGGGCGGCGUGCGGUUUGUGCCAGAUGCGUAUGUUGGACACAUGGACUCCCUUGAUGAGAAGGACAGAGACCAGCUCAACCAGCUCAACUCGGAGCUGGUCCUCAAGUUGAAGAACACGGACUCCGCCUUCUCCCUCGGUGAAAGUGAGGACGGCCUGUCCUGUGUGCGCUUCGGCAUGGUGACAGAUGACCUCGACAUUGAGGAGCUUGUCGGGCUUGUUCUUGGAGCUGGCAUAGAGCUCGAGGAAUCCACAAAGGCCCUUGAAUCGAUGUCCGAGCUAGUAAAGCAAGGCAUUCAGGAGGCCAGCAAGGGUCUCCAGCAGGAGAAUGAAGAGAAGAUCCUCCAGGAGGGGCUCCUAAGGCAUGUCCCCAUCGUGGGCUCCCUCUUCAACUGGUGGUCGCCGACUGCCAAGGAGGGUGGCAUUCGUGGGCGCAGCUUCAACAUCACAUCUGGACUCGUCGAGAGUACGGAGAACAUCUACAAGUACCACAUGCAGAUCCAGCAGGGCGACAGCACGCCGGCCCUGGCCAACAAGCCACCUCAAGCCCAAGUGGUCGUGCAAGCUGCAAAUGCCCUUGAGACUAAAGCACAACAAUGAGCGCAACUCAAAAACAUGACAGGGGUGGUGAGGGAAUGUGGGACGAGACUUGGGUAGCAAUGGCUGGGUGCUGCAGGUUCGGGCGCCAGCGCACAACCACAGAGCAUGUACCAGCGCAUAGAGCAAGACAGUUGGCAUCGUUUGGGCCACCAGCUUUCUGAGUGACCGCGGUGUUUUGUGUACCGCUGCAUCCUAGCAGACUGAUGAGCACAACUCAAAACACAGAGGGGACUAGUUGAUUCCGCUGGUUUUGGACCACUACCCUGCUGGGACAGGUACCUGCAAACAGAGGGGAAUGACAGGGGUCAGUCAGGCUGCCAGCUUCUUGCCUGACUGAUGUGGCGUGUUAAACACCUCUAUCCAGGACAGUAGUUGACAGAGGCACAUCUGCACUAAUGUGUUCCUUGCUUGCUAUGCAAUCGCGUGAGUCUCGUGCAUCUGGUGCUGCAGCAACAGCAGUAGGUGACGAAUUAUUGUUACUCUUUUGUUUGGGUACAUCAAAUAAAGCUGGCAGCAUUUAGUGUAACUACUGGUGAGCGACUGGUGCUGGUGGCCAGCGCAGCGUGAAAAAUAAUUGUGCAGGCUCCGUUAGCAAUUUUUUUGUUCAAAUCUGUGCAGCUGCUUGCAUUUAGGAAAGGUUGCAGUCAUCAGCUGCUGGUACCAGCCAUGCAACUACUCGCACUUUAAAAUGUCGGUGCUAAUUGUCAGCAGCUUCUAGUACCAGCCAGUCUCUCAAAACCUCCACUGCUGCUCAUGUCUAAAAGAAUAGCAGCUUAAAUGGGCUGUUGCUGGUAUGCCCAGUGGCUCUGGGACCUACAGAAUGUUUUGCUUUGUGCUGUUAUCACAGUGCAUCUGUAGCACGGUCCAUUAUCCAGUAUGCUGCUGUGCAAUACUUUGUGCCUGUGCUAGGGAAAGGCUCUUUUAUAUUAACCUGUGCAUGCAAAUUGCACUCCUUAUAGUGCCAGCUUUGUGUACACUCUUGGGACUUGACUGGUACCAGUUCGGUGCGAGUUACUAAUAGUUAUGAGCUUUGGUUAGAAGUUUUUCAACAUGAGCAUGUACAAGCUGCUGACAAUGCAAAAUUUGUGGAUUUUGCAUACUACAUAUUUUCACAAAGGAACCUAAGAUUGUGUGUCACCAAUCACAGUGCCAACCACUACUGCAAAUGUUUGUGCUUCUGUUUUGAAGGGAAGCACAUAAAAUGUAGUCUUGGCACUUAAGAUGUAAUGUAAUAAGGAAGCAAACAAAUGUGGCAGCCAUGUCGUGUCGGAAAGCUGGUGGUUCUUCAACCAAAGGUCUGUGCUGCUGGUAUCUCGGCUCUUACAAAGCAACGCAUGUGUCAUCCAACAUAUCAUUUCUGAUGAACCUGGGUGUCCUGCUCGACCUUUUUUCAUAUUUCCUUUCAGUUGGGACCAUGUUUUAGCAGCUCCCAUUUUAGACAUUGGGUGUUCCUGUCAUUGCUCACUUUCUGAUAGACCGUCUCUCUUCGUCUUGUUCCUUUGCAGGCUGUUUUUCUUUCGUGGGGAGGCGAGCAUGGAGUAUUAUUUUUUUCCCGGUGUUUUUUCCACCAAUCAGUCUUCUCUCCUUUUGUUGUGAUGGGUUGUGCUUUGCUUUAUAUUUGUAUUUAAAGAGCUUUAAUUAAGACCCUGUCUACUCCAGAGCGAGAGCAAACGAAGUUCCUGCUAUAUAUUCUUUGUUUUCAUCCAUCUCAUGCAGAUAGCCUGCAUACGUCGCCUUAAAAAAACUGUUGUGAUACAUCUAGUCAGAAACACACUUUUUGCAAAUAAAACUGACAGCUUUUCGA